ACCCUGUCCCAAUUUGCUUCCGCAAUCGCAUCUCUCUUCUUCUUCUUCUUCGCCUUCCAUAUCUCCGAUCAGAAGUUGUCACCUGCACCCAAAGCCAAAAAUGUCUGGUACCAACAAUGAGGACCCAAAGGUGCAAGAGCUUGCUGAUAAUGCUGCUGAAAAGCAGGUUGGUGGUGACAUUUCUGUGGAGGAGCUAAAUUCUUCGGAUAAAAGUGACGAAAAUCCUGUGCCUGCCUCAGAUAAAAACAACGACAAUUCUAUGCCUUCUCCUCAACAACAGGAGGAAACAAUCAAGAAAAAGUAUGGGGGAAUAAUGCUAAAGAAACCUCCUUUGAUAUCAAAGGACCAUGAGCGUGCUUAUUUCGAUUCUGCUGAUUGGGCACUAGGAAAGCAAGGGGCAAACAAACCGAAAGGGCCACCUGAAGCACUUCGUCCGAAGUUGCAGCCAACCCCACACCAGCAAGUUAGGCGUUCAGCUUAUGCUCCUGCAGAUGAGUGUGAAGUGGAGGGUGGCCAUACCAACACUUCAUCCGAGGAUCAAAGCACCGUAGAUGAUGGUAACAAUAACAAUACAGCUGCUUAGAGAGCUGUCGCGGAUAAUUGCGUGCAUUUUUAGACAAGGAAUCCGCAUUUGAUAGAAUGGCGCUUGCUUUUCCGAAGUCAAAGAUGUCGAGAUCUUUCUCUGAAAAUAAACUAAAAUUGGCCAAAUUUUGUGUUCUUGGUUAUAACGUGAUUUAUAUCAUCCAUCAUAGAAGAUGUGAUAUUCAAGUUUCUGAAUGAUCAGUGAGGCCCUAAUGUUGCACACUUACUACUAUUUUAUGUUAAAUUCAUGCCCUACCAAUGAAGUAUCUAAAUUGGGGAGAAUCCUUGGCCCAA